CACACAACCUAGGAAGAUGGUGACUAUGAAUAUCUGCCCUCUCCCGCUGGUGCUGCUCUUCCUGGCGACCACACUGGGAGAAGAAGAAGUUCAAUUCAGAUCCCAGGCUAAAACAGGUGGCCUCCAGCCUCGAGGCCCGAGGUAUGCAGAGGGGACUUUAAUCAGUGAUUACAGCAUCCUCAUGGACAAGAUCCGCCAACAUGAGUUUGUAAACUGGCUGCUGUCCCAGAAGGGGAAGAAGAUCGACUGGAAACACAACAUCACCCAGAGAGAGGCCCAGGCCUUGGAGCAGGCAGGACAAUCUGAGAGAAAUGAGGAGACAGAGGGACAACAGAGAUCCCAGGCUAAAUCGGGUAGCCUCCGGCCUCGAGGCCCGAGGUAUGCAGAGGGGACUUUAAUCAGUGAUUACAGCAUCCUCAUGGACAAGAUCCGCCAACACGAGUUUGUGAACUGGCUGCUGGCCCAGAAGGGGAAGAAGAUCGACUGGAAACACAACAUCACCCAGAGAGAGGCCCAGGCCUUGGAGCAGGCAGGACAAUCUGAGAGAAAUGAGGAGACAGAGGGACAACAGAGAUCCCAAGAUAAAUCAGGUGGCCUCCGGCCUCGAGGCCCGAGGUAUGCAGAGGGGACUUUAAUCAGCGAUUACAGCAUCCUCAUGGACAAGAUCCGCCAACAUGAGUUUGUGAACUGGCUGCUGGCCCAGAAGGGGAAGAAGAUCGACUGGAAACACAACAUCACCCAGAGAGAGGCCCAGGCCUUGGAGCAGGCAGGACAAUCUGAGAGAAAUGAGGAGACAGAGGGACAACAGAGGUCUGAGUGACUGACCUAGCCCAGAGGAGGACUGGACUCUGCCCUUUGCUUGCUCAGCUCCUGCUUCUGCCCUGGUCCAAAGUCCAAAGUGUCUGAGAG